AUGAUUGCGACUGGUGGAUAUGGUGGACACAGGACUGAAGAUAAUAACGAGUCCUCGAUUCAAAUCUGGGAUGCGAAAACAGGCGAGCUUGUCGCAACUCUCAAAGGACACAUAUAUAUGGUGUCGUGCCUGGCUUGGACCCCGGACGGAAAAAUGCUCAUCUCCGGGUCUUCCCCGACUCCCACGAUUAGUGGGAGAAGGGUUGUUGUUUGCAAGAAACGUCCAGGCACCUGCAAACGCAUGCCCCUCCGUUCUGUCGUCCUAGCAGCUCGCUGUUUUGGUUGCUACGUUGUGAUGCCGUUUGCUGUCAAACUUCCGUGCCGCUCUCCUCGAGCGCUUGCUGAGCACUUCUGUCCUCCUGAACUUGUUCCUCACGACCACUUUGACUAUCCUGUUUAUUAUGAUGCUCUUUAUUACCCCCAAUACCACACCUCUCACUUUGAAACACCCCAAACUUUUUGCUCCUGGCUCCUGCAAUGUCUUCAAACGCAUCAUGUAUCGUGCCCUUCUUGCUCGUCCCCCUUUGUAGGCUGUGUUACAUUCAAUGGCAUGUCCGUUGUCAUCAGUCGUAACAAUGCAUCCACCUUUCUGUCUCUCCGCGAGAUCGAGUGUCCUGGUUAUCGUCACUGCAUGAUUCUCGGCCCGUUAGCCAUGCGUCAUAGUUCCAGUGUGGCUUCGUCCAUUGCAUCCAGAUUGGAACAGUGUCCCCCCUGGCUCUAUUAUGCUGACAGCACCAUUGAACACAACCUUGCUGCCCUAUCUGUUCCCGUGCUUAAGCAGUGUGCCGUUGCGCUUCCUGGGACGAAAGUUCAGCGAGGGUCGAAGGCUGUUCUUGUACGCGCGAUCCUACAAUCAUUUCAGACCGCACGCUCUGAGUUUACGGGAUUGUCCUGCGCUUGUGCCACCUCUCGAUUGCAUGACGUCCAGCUACCUUCGUCGUAUGUUGCCGAAGUUCUUCGUCGUCCUCCCCCUGCGGCUUAUGCGGUUCACCCUUGCCCUGUUUCGCCCAUACCUUGGACGUCGCUUUCGACCGAAGAGCUUGUCCGCAGGCUACUCAAGCUUUCUGUGGACACCCUGACUAAUUCCAUCCACCUUCUUCCGUUGUUCGGGCGGCCUGCCAUCAAUAGUCGCUCCCGUGCAAAAAUGUGUAACGGUCUCGUAUGUCACGUUCGCGAACGAGCUUUGUAUCUACAGGCUGUGGGAUCCCAUGUAUUGAGUGCCAUAUGGCUGUCUUAUUUCCCAUUUGAGCAUCCUUUCGCCCACCCCGACUCCCAUUACAUCCUAACCGUCCUUGAGGUCGAGUAUGGCCCUGACGUGGUUCGCAGCCUGUCCCAGGAAGUCCAGUCUCCUGCCAAUCGCCUCAAGAUGAUGCGUCGCGAACAGAGGAACAUACAUCUACGUGAAGAGGUUCAGCUGUCAUUGCAGCGUCAACAGCAGUGGCCUGUCCUUGUGCCAAACGAGACAGUUCUGGCUUCUCUCAAUCGAUAUUAUGAAGCUUCUCGUUGGUCGGCUACCUCCAGUAUGCGCAGUUUGUGCACAACAACUGCAGGUGUCACAACCCCUUAAACAACUUAAUGCUAGGGCAGAGACUAGGACUCGAACGAAGGUUAUCACGAUAAAAGAG